UUUGAAGGUGCUCUUGUCAACACUUGCAAGCAUGGAGACCUCAUCAAUGCUUUCCUCGCUGAAUGAUGAGUGUAAAUCGGACAACUACAUUGAGCCUCACUACAAAGAGUGGUAUCGGGUAGCUGUUGAUAUUCUGAUUGAACAUGGGUUAGAAGCCUACCAAGAAUUUCUUGCCAAGGAACGUGUAUCGGAAUUUCUAGCUGAGGAAGAAAUUAAUUAUAUUUUGAAAAAUGUUCAUAAAAUUUCACAUUGUACACUGCAUGGUACUGAGAAUUCUUAUGAUGAUACCUCAUCUUCUGGGACCUAUUGGCCCAUUGAGUCUGAUGUGGAAGCUCCAAACCUCGACUUGGGCUGGCCAUAUGUGAUGCCUGGACUCUUAGGGGGCACACAUAUAGACCUCCUGUAUCAUCCACCAAGGGCCCAGCCACUUACAAUAAAGGAAACCAUUCGGAAGAUGAUCAAAGAAGCAAGAAAGGUCAUUGCUUUAGUUAUGGAUAUAUUUACAGAUGUGGAUAUUUUCAAGGAAAUUGUUGAAGCAUCAACUCGAGGGAUAUCUGUUUACAUUCUACUGGAUGAGUCAAAUUUUAAUCAUUUUUUAAAAAUGACUGAAAAACAGGGCUGUCAAGUUCAACGUCUCAGGAAUAUUCGAGUGCGAACAGUAAAAGGCCAAGAUUAUCUUUCAAAAACAGGAGCAAGAUUCCAUGGAAAACUGGAACAGAAAUUCUUGUUAGUUGACUGCCAGAAAGUUAUGUAUGGUUCGUACAGCUACAUGUGGUCAUUUGAAAAAGCUCACCUCAGCAUGGUCCAGCUAAUCACAGGACAACUGGUUGAGUCCUUUGAUGAAGAAUUUAGAACCCUCUAUGCCAGAUCCUGUGUCCCCAGUUCAUUUGCUCAGGAAGAGUCGUCGCGGGAGAAACACGGCACACCUCUCUGGAAGAAUGGCAGCUAUCACCGUUCAAUGUCUUCGUUAGCUUCCAUUUCCAGCCAAAGAAACCUUUUUGGUAGACAUGACCAUAUGCACAAACUCGAUUCCAGUUACUUCAAAAACAGAGUGAUGUAUACUCUAAAUGAACAUGACAAGUAUAGCAUGCGGAAUCAGGGAUACAAACCUCAUUUUGUUCCAAAUUUUAAUGGGCCAAAUACAACCCGUCAGUGUCAACCCAGUCAGUUAAAUGAAAAUUGGAAAAGACAUAGUUAUGCUGGGGAGCAGCCAGAAACAGCGCCCUACCUUCUGCUUAACAGGGCUAUGAAUCGAACCAAUAACCUGCCCGGUAAUUGGAAAAGGCCUUCAGAUAGUCUCAGUGUGGCGUCAUCAUCACGAGGAGGCUAUGCAAGUCACCAUAACACACCUGCCCAGAGCUUUGCUGAUCGGCUUGCCCAGAGAAAAACCACAAAUCUUGCAGAGAGGAAUUCAAAUGUCCGCAGGUCUUUUAAUGGGACAGAUAAUCAUAUUCGCUUUUUGCAACAACGCAUGCCAACCCUUGAACACACCACAAAGUCGUUCCUUCGUAACUGGAGAAUUGAAUCUUACUUAAAUGAUAAUUCAGAGACUACGCCUGAUUCAAAUGGAUCGACCCUGGGUGAACGUUUUGAGGGCUAUGAUGGUUCUGAUCACGUGAAGGCUAAUGCCCUGUAUACUCAUUCUCGGCUUCGUUCAUCUUUUGUGCUUAAGCCAACUUUACCUGAGCAGGAGGAAGUUAACAGUUGUGCAACUGGAUCUUCUAAUUCAACAAUCAUUGGUUCGCAGGGGAGUGACACACCCAAACACGUCCCAGAGACCCCUACCAGUGUGGAGCAUUCGACAGACAACCCCCCGUCAGACUCAGCCCCCCAGCUCCCAGUGCACCCAGACACCCCAAAAAUGCACACACUGCAAGUUCCUGAGAGCCACUCCCCCGUGUUAAACCGUACUACCAAUGGCCAUUCAGAGUCUAACACCUAUAUAUACAACACCUUGUGUUCAAAUAAGCCCACAGAAAAUCUAAAGGGCCAACAAAACGAGAACCUGCUGAAAAGGCGAAGUUUCCCGUUCUUUGACCACUCCAAAGGCAAUUUAGAUCCUGGAAAUAAUAAGCACUACGUAUAUAGCACACUGACGAGGAAUCGAGUUAGACAACCAGAGAAACCCAAAGAGGAUUUACUGAAAAGUUCCAAAAGCAUGCACAAUGUGACCCGGAGCACAGAGGACGAAGAGGGUCUCCCGAAAGAGCCUCCGAGUGGCCCCGCCACCAAGUCCGUGUCUGUUGCGGCUCUGCAUGAUGUGAAUAAAGAGGAAGCCGCCAAAGACCUCGCUCCAAAGAAGGACGUUAAGGGUUCCCCAAGUUUUUUGAAAAAGGGAUCUCAGAAGUUAAGGUCAUUACUUAGUCUUACCCCAGAAAAGAAGGAAAAUCUAUCCAAAAAUAAAGCACCUGCCUUUUACAGAAUGUGUAGUAGUUCUGAUACUUUAGUUUCCGAAAGUGAAGAGAAGCAAAAACCCAAAAAAUCUGAGACGAAAGUUGAUUCGUCACCUAGAAGAAAGCGUUCUUCCUCGUCAACCUCUCAAGGAAGCCUUCACAAGAGUAAGGAAGAUGUAACACUUGGUUCAUCUCAGGGGACACAUUCUCCAUCAGAUGAAAGUAAGAAAAUGAUGCCUUCGCCAGGGCCAGUGAAAAACAAGUUCUUAGAAAGCUCAGGAGAUGCCUCUGCCCCAAGAUUUAACACCGAACAGAUCCAGUACCGGGAUUCAAGGGAGGCAACUGCUGCUCUAGAAAGAAGACCAGCCGCUUCUCCAAGGCCGCAGCCCAGCGAGCUCCUCCGAUCGCAGUCAACUGACCGGCGCAUUUACAGUCGUUUUGAGCCAUUUUGUAAGAUCGAGAGCUCUAUUCAGCCAAUGAGCAACUUGUCAAACAGCAGCGUGCACCGCCCAGAAAUAAAACCCACUACUAUGGGCAAUAGUUAUGGCAGGUCCAGCCCUCUGCUUAAUUACAACACUGGUGUAUAUCGCUCUUAUCAACCAAAUGAAAACAAGUUUCGAGGAUUUAUGCAAAAAUUUGGGAAUUUCAUACACAAAAAUAAAUGAAAUACCGUCAUUUUAAAUGAUUAUUAAAAUACCAGAUUAAUUCAGUUGUAAAUAUUUAUCCAAAGAGCACCCUGGACAUUGUUUGUUUUUUUGUAAUGUGCCAAUAAACUUCUGUAAUGGCAGAAUUUAUCUAUAUAGUAAAAGUGUUACCGUUCUGUGUGAUGAAUUAGCUGUGUGUAAUUGCACUACAUAGCAUUUCUGUCUGAGCUCAUGAGUUUUCAAUGGUAAUGGUAAAACGAAACAAAGCAAAUGUCAAACUGUUUUCUUCAAACUGAAGAUCUUAGGUCUUAGUAGGAACUGUAGUGGAGAAACGGUCUGUGGAUUUUAACCAUUCAGUCCAAAUUCUUCUCGGUUUAGAAAAAGUAUCGUCAUAGCUUUAGUGGUCUUUCAUGUUUUUAUGGUGUUUCCUUUCUUCAAAUGUAUAAGAAAAUAGGGGGACAUUUUAAAAAUGUUUUUUAACUUUGAAUUCUACAAAAAAGUGUUAUAUUUUAUUAGCAUUAUAUUAAUAUCCUAUGGAGUACAAGCUGGUUAGGUAACAAAGGUACAAUUUAAACAAAAUAGCUCAGCAUUUUCUCUCCCCUUAAAUGUUGACAAAGUACCGGCCUCAUGUGCUACGAGUGCAUCACAGAAGGGCGGUUCCCUGAUUGUUGUAGAGUUAUCUGCCACAGAAUUCUGCCCACUCUCAAUCCAGAUACCCUGCGCGGCAACUGCUUGUUGGCUGUUGAACUUUUACAGUCAUCCCAUACUCCGAAUGUAGAGCAAGCCAACAGGAUUUUGGAAAACCAGACAGAAAACCAGUCCGCUCCUGGAAAGAUUAUAACCAAGCAAACCCUAUGGUUCAGUCUUACUCUGUCACAUAGGACUGCUGUGAAUUAAGGCCAACGUAACAGCAUUAACAACAGCAAAGUUUCUCUAGAGGGCAGACUAUUAUUUUAUUUUAUUAAAUCAUUUUAUUAGGGGC